AUGAAAGAGAAAUACACUGGAGCUGCAGGGGAGGUGGCCUGUGAUGUUUGCAGUGACAAAAAGCUGAAGGCCAAGAAGUCCUGCCUUGUGUGUCUUGCAUCGUAUUGUUCAGUUCACCUGGACAAUCAUUUGUCAACAGAAAGGUUGAAGGGCCACAAGUUGGUGGAGCCGGUGGAGAAUUUGGAUGCGAGGGCCUGCUUGAAGCAUGGACGCCCCUUGGAGCUGUACAGCAGGGAGCGGCAGGCAUGCAUUUGUGUUCUCUGCAUGGAAGGUCAGGAGGAGGUUGUCUCAACUGAAGAUGAAUGGAAGAAGAAAAGGUCUGAACUUGACAACACCAAGACAGAGUUAAAUGAGAACAUUGACAAGAGAAAAACAAAGACUGCUGAGAUUGAGGAAGCUUUCAAGAGCUGCAAGGACCAGCUGGAAAAUGAGUGGUGCGAUAUUGACAAUGUGUUUACCGCUGUGAUGGACAUUGUGGAAGAAGCCCGUGCCAGAGCCCAUAAGCCAAUAGAUAACAGGAGGCAGGUGUUGGAAAACAAAGCAAAUGGCCUUAAACAUGAGUUGGAAGCAGAGAUCAAGAAACUUGGAAAGGCCAUCUCUGAACUAGAUGACAUUUCUGUUCUCGAGGACCACAUCCUUUUCCUGCAGAAGUACCCAUCUCUUACAGACACUGGAGACAUCAUAGACUGGGAUGAGGUAAAGCUGGACACAUCGCUGUCCUUUGGCACCAUCAGGAAAAUCACAACAAAAAUGCUGGAAAAAAUUCAGCAAGAAAUGGAUAAACUAACUCUCAUUGAACUGAAGAGAAUCCCAAAGUUUUCAGUGGAUGUAAAACUGGAUCCAGAUUCUGCACACCAACGCCUCGUGUUGUCUGAAGAUAGGAAGGAAGUGAAAGAUGGAGGAGAGAAUCAGGAACUACCUCGUUUCUCUGAAAGAUUUGAUAUUUUUGGCAGCGUUGUGGGGCAAAAUACCUUAUUCUCUGGGAAGUCUUACUGGGAGGUGGAGGUCAACAACAAGACGGGGUGGGAUAUAGGCCUAGUAAGAGGCGAUGCAAACCGCAAAGGGAAGCUCAAACUCAGCCCAGAUAAUGGGUACUGGGUUAUUGUACAUUAUGAAGAAGAAAAGUAUGCAGCCCUCACAGCACCGCCAGUUCGUAUUCACCUAAAAGAGAAACCUGAGAAGGUGGGAGUGUUUGUGGACUACGAGGAAGAUCUCGUCUCCUUCUACGAUGUGAAGGCUAAGUCCCACAUCUACUCGUUCACUGAGUGUUCAUUCAGAGCUGAGCUUUACCCAUAUUUCAGCCCACACGUGAAACAAGAAGAGAAAAACUCUGAGCCUUUGAUUAUUUGUAGAGAGAUACCAAUGGAGUCUUAAGAAAUGCAUUUUAACUACAAUAUACUAAAGUUUGUUGGUCCACAACCUUCCUGCUUUUCUUUUUUCCAAUACAGGAAAAUGGGAACUAUCAGGCAUUUCAUUUACCUUAGACUUUUUUUUUUCAUAUAUAUCUUUACGUUUAGCAGCUACUAACAGACCAAUGAUAGUAAAGCAAAUACUGACCGUUUAUCUUUUCUCCGUUAUUUGCUUUAUUACUCAAAAGCCUUUAAAGCAGUCUUUGUAACCUCUGGUUUGGUCCAAUUUACUAAUUGAGAUAAUCAGAAUCAUAACACAAAACAAUGCUGCUACAGUGUGCUGACACUGCUAUUCAACAUGUGAACCAGUCAAGACUUACAACCUGAGCCAGAACACAAACUCUUGACCUAACUGUAAUUUAGACGAAGCUUAAAAUACUGUGGUUAGUAAGAAGAGUGUGUGUGAUUUUCUUUUUACACCAUGUUGGAGGACCAAAUGGAUCCUAGAACUUUGUGAAUCAGACACUAUUAAAAACUACACGUACUCGCACUCAACAUUGUGACAGUUGCUUAGUAGUUACUUCUGUAUUGUUUUUUACGAAAGGUUAUUCGAUAACAUAUCCAAAGAUGAAACAAUUAAAUUGCUUACACAAUUUAAUCCAGAAAGUUAUUUUUUCUUAGAACAAUCCUGAACAUUUAAUAGAUUUGUUUAUAAACAGAUAGCUGAUCAGUUGAAAAUGAAGUUAGCAGAUUAACUUAUAAUGAUUUGUUGCAGUCUUGAACACAACCUACCUCUAGCUUGAUCAGCUGCAACAGCAACAACAGUCUGUGUUUAAGUGAAUGUAUGGGCAAUAAAGAUCAGCAAUAAAAUAUUGUGUUAUAAGGGGCUUUCAAAACAUAUACUUUAAUUAUAUUCCCAGUUUUUCAGUUAUGAAUCCCACUUAAUUAUUUUGGGGUGUUUUGUGGCUGUUCUUUAGCACAGACUUGUAUUGUGUUUAAUUUUAUUUUGAAGUUUUUCACAUUGCAAACUAGUCUGUAUUUUUUUAUGGCAAAGCGGUGACUGAGGUCAGUCUGGAACUUGAGAUAAUUAAAGCAGAGCACAGACAGUUCUUGUAACUGAGUCAAGGUCCAUGAUUAGCUGUGUCACCACUGUCCCAUAAAAAGUACACACAAAUAUCAAAUGUACACUUUUACAGUUUCAAGGUUUCCUAAACCCACCACAGCCUCAGUGUACAGAACAAUGCAUCAUCUGAAAACAACAUAAAAAUGCGAACUGCUUUCCUUUCCUUAUUUUGCCUUGCUUCCAGAAAAGUAGUCAGAUUUCAGGAUAAAUGAAUGACAUUCAGUGUUGUCAGGCAAUGUCAAACAGCAUGUAAUGAAU